AUGCAGCUCUCUACCCUUUUCGGCGCUUCUCUCCUGGCGAUCGCUUCGGCCCAGGAGACGGAGACCUCAUAUCCUCCCAUCAACCUCGGAUAUUUCUCCUUCCCUCACGGAAACACAUUCGUUGCCUGGUCUCCCUUUACUCCGACCAAGACCCAAGACGUCGAGCUCGUGUGUGACACCUCCGGUGCCAUCAAGGGCACCGCAACAUGGACGGGUAUCCGAACAUACAGCACCUAUGUCUUCAAGCCCAUCUGCCGCAAUCCCUUCAACAUCACUAGUGAUGAGACCGGCGAGACCUACCGAAACCUUGAGUUGGCUUGCGAGGAUGACAACGUCCCGCUUUACGCCCGCCCCGUUGUCACCGCUGUUGUGGACAGGGCCACCAACAAGACCAUCCAGACUUGUGUUCCGGCCGUUGUCGAGGGCGACAACUACGCGACCUGCACUACCUUCCGCGGCCAGGGAGUCUCCUACGAAUUUGCUUGCUCUUAA